UGAUAAUAAAUAGAUAUUAGGAUUUGGGCCGGCGGAUCCCUUUUCCAUUUUCCAUAAAAACCGUUUGAAGCGAUUCCUUUACUUUCUCUCUUUCUACACCAACCCAGAAAAACCAAAACCAAAACCAAAACAAUUCUCUAUAAAAUUCAUUGAAUUUGCUAUUGACUAUUCUUCGACCUCUUUCUCUAUUGAUUUAUUUCUAACGACGGGUUAGUCAUCUUCUUCGUGAAUAGAUAUCACUGCUGCUGCUUUUGACUUGAUCAGCUUAACCAAGGAUUGUUUACAAAAGAAGAAUGAUAAACUCAAAAAAACUACUAUAAGGUUUGAUGCUUUGGAAAGUAAAUUUCCUGACAUUAAGUGUUUUGCCCCUGGGUGGAGGAGGCCUGGAUACAUCACUAAGUUGACCGUAAUCAAGCUACAAUACAAGCAAGAAGUGGCAGGAAAAAACAGUUAAGAAAGCAUCUAUAGAUUUCAAUUUCCUGCAAAUUACAAGAAAGAGAAGAAGCUAUUGCAGUAAGCAAGUUCGUUAUUCUAUUUGGCAUUUGCUGUGAAAUAUGGUGCAAGCUGUUGAACACAAUAGCGUGCUCGAGAUAGCUCAAAGUGAGCACAAAAAAUCAAAAACAACAAAGAAGGGUAAGGGAAAAGGGAGGCAGGGCAAAAAUCACACUGGUCAAAACUCGCAGAGAUCAAAAGGAAAAAGCUCCAUUCCUACCGGCCCUAUCUCCUUGAAAGUUAAAUUUGGUUCACGUUGCCUGAUGGAUGUUGUUCCUCUUAUUGAUGAUCACAUGGACAAACAGUGUACUACUGGAAAGGAAUUCAAAGAAUUGCCAAAUGUUGCAAGAAAUUUUGAUGAUCGGUUGGAGGCAGGGUUGCCCAGUCUGCAGUUCUCCAGUUGCAACAGAAAUUUGGAUAAUGUGUAUGUUUCUGUAUCUGAAUUAUGCCUAUCUGGAAAGAACAUCAGUCAAGAACCAGUGGACAAACAUUUGGACUUUCACCAUGAGUCACCUUCUCAGGAGGGAACAUCAAUUGAUAACAGGUGCUCAGAUUCUGGAACUUCGCCCGACUCAGAAGUUAUCAACCUGGUUCCGGAUAAUCAAAUUAUUGAGGGAGAACCAGAAGAGUUGAAUGAUUUAAUCCCGUCUAGGCCAUCUGUUGCUCCUGGAGAUGUUCUGAGUUUGCGUGUGUAUGACAGGAGCAAGAAAGGAAGGAAAAAAGAUAGGCUCCCAAAGUUUGCCAGUUCUGGUUCAAAAGAUCUGCUUAGUUCAGAUAGUAUGAGCAAUUCCCAAAUAUUUGGUCCACUUAUGCAAGGAGAUAAAGUACAAGGAGGGUCUUGUUAUGCGGAUACUUCUGCUUUAACAAUAGGUAGAAUCAGCUCAGGCAACAUAUCUAGCACUGAGAUUAUUUCAGGGGAACUGUUACCUUGUUCAGGAGUGCCAGAGUUCAAUAUUUCCUGUGCUGCUUCAAAGCUUGGAAGUGGCAUAGAGGGUAAUGUUUGUUCUAGCUUUGGCACCGAGUCACCAGAAACUGAGUUUGCUGAAAAAGUGGUAUCUUGUCAUGAUGGACAAAAUAUUACCAAAAGUGGAAGAUCAAAUUUAUCUGGCAAAGGCAGGUCACAGGUCCCGACUCAGAAGUUAUCCAAAAGUAGAGAAAGUGCUUCUAAAAAGAAGGGAAACAAAGAAAAGCAAGAUAAUAAGCUUGAAGUGAGACAUGAGAAUAACCAGGUCAAGAGUUUAAGUGAGGUGAAAAACCAUCCAGGAACAGAAAACGAAGCACCAUACGGGUUUGGAGAAGUUGGAUCCAGAAAUGAAACCUUAAGUGGAGGCAUCUCAGACUUGGACAUUAUGCGGAGUGAGGUGAGUCAGCCUUAUUUACAGCCAAGAAAUGCUUGGGUGCAGUGUGAUGAUUGCCAGAAAUGGAGGCGUAUAGCCUCUGUACUUGCUGAUAAAAUUGAAGAAACAAACUGCAAAUGGACUUGUAAGGAUAAUUUGGAUAGAGACUUGGCUGAUUGCUCGAUUGCACAAGAAAAAUCAAAUUCAGAAAUUAAUGCUGAGCUGGAAAUAUCAGAUGCCUCUGGUGAGGAAGAUGUCCUCCGUACACGCUUGAAUUCAAAUCGAUCAGGACAGAAGAAGGCUCCUGUUUCCCUUCAAUCAUCUUGGACCCUGAUUAAGAGAAAUUCAUUCCUGCAUCGUAGCCGCAAAAGUCAAACUAUUGAUGAGAUCAUGGUCUGCCAUUGCAAGCCUUCAGAACGCCGAAUGGGAUGUGGGGAGGGAUGCCUGAAUCGAAUGCUCAACGUUGAGUGUGUUCGAGGGAGUUGUCCAUGUGGAGAACGUUGUUCGAAUCAGCAGUUCCAGAAACGCAACUAUGCUAAAUUGAAGUGCUUUAAAUGUGGAAAGAAGGGGUAUGGCCUGCAGCUGCUUGAGGAUGUCUCCAAAGGGCAGUUUCUUAUUGAAUAUGUUGGGGAGGUGUUGGACUUGCAUGCGUAUGAUGCAAGACAAAAGGAGUAUGCCCUGAAGGGUCAUAAGCAUUUCUAUUUCAUGACACUUAAUGGCAGUGAGGUUAUAGAUGCAUGUGCUAAAGGGAAUUUGGGACGUUUCAUUAACCACAGCUGUGAUCCUAAUUGCUGCACAGAAAAGUGGAUGGUCAAUGGAGAAGUUUGCAUUGGACUCUUUGCCCUAAGGGAUAUCAAGAAGGGUGAGGAGGUUACAUUUGAUUACAAUUAUGUGCGUGUCUUUGGGGCUGCAGCGAAAAAAUGUGUCUGUGGCUCGCCUCGCUGUCUGGGCUAUAUAGGUGGAGAUCUGCAGAAUGCCGAAGUGAUAGUUCAGGCUGAUUCAGAUGAUGACUAUCCUGAACCCGUUGUUCUCUGCGAGGAUGGUGACAUGGGUGACGAACUAAACAAAAUUUUAUCUGCAAGAAGUUCAUUUGAUGUCACAGAAAUUAGAACUCCAGGGGAAACACCUAAAAACAAAUAUAAACUGGAUGAACCUUUUACUGGAAACCUGGAGACUACCACCCAAACCCACACACAGAAUAUAAUGAAACAAGAAAAUUCCAACAUGGACUCUGUUGCUGCUUUUGGCUUGAAGAUCAAAGAGGAAAGCAACAAGUGGCACAAUGUAUCUCCUUCAUUAUCUCUGAAGAAGAAGGAAUCAUCUGAGGCAAUGGAGGGGCUAGAAAGCCUGUUGCAUUCUUCUGUACGACCUGUUGGAAAUUCCUUGCAAUCGGAAGAUAUAACUGCUAAAACCAUAUCUGAAGUCAAAAGAGAGUGCUUAGAUGCUGUCAAAAUUUCUUCUGCACUGCCAUCUCCAAAUGCUAUGCUUAGCAAGUCUUUGAGGAAGAAAUCAGGCAAUGGGGAAACCAGUGAUGAAUCGUUGAAAUCUUCUCGUCGAUCAUCUUCAGUUAAAAAGGGAAAGUCGAAGAAUAGUGCUGUGAAUAUGACAUCUGCACCUGAUGUGAACAACAAAUUGCAAAUUCCACAACCUAAAUUCAAGAAACCAACACAUGAUUCCGCAAAUGGUCGGUUUGAAGCAGUUGAAGAGAAGCUUAAUGAGUUGCUGGAUCAUGAUGGUGGAAUAAGCAAACGCAGGGAUGCAUCUAGGUGCUACUUGAAGCUCCUCCUUUUAACUGCUGCUUCAGGGGAUAACUGCAAUGGUGAAGCUAUUCAGAGUAACCGGGAUCUUUCAAUGAUCCUUGAUGCGCUUUUGAAGACCAAGUCCCGCACUGUUUUGGUGGAUAUUAUAGACAAGAAUGGUUUGCAGAUGUUACACAACAUAAUGAAACGAUCUCAAAGGGAAUUCAAUAAGAUCCCAAUUCUCAGAAAGUUGCUUAAGGUUUUGGAGUAUUUGGCUGCGAGAGGGAUUCUUUCUCAUGAGCACAUUAAUGGAGGUCCCUCUAGACCAGGAGUAGAGAGCUUUAGGGUCUCAAUUUUGGGAUUGACUGAACACAUAGACAAACAGGUUCAUCAAAUUGCAAGGAACUUCAGAGAUAGGUGGAUACGUAGACCUCUCAGAAAAAGUAGCUGCAUUGACAGAGAUGACAGCCAGAUUGACUUGCGUCCUUCUCCACGGUACAAUAGGUGUUCACCAUUACAAGACCAUUGUGGUGUGAAACCCUCAGAAACAGAAGAAUGUACCUCACAUUUAAUGGUAGAAUCUACUAGGAUAGAUGCUGGUGUCCUUGAUGGCUCAUCUACUUCAUGUGUUGAUGGGGCAACCAAUGGAGCAAGGAAACGUAAGCGUAAGAGUCGAUGGGAUCAAGAGGCAGAACUAGAUGUAGAUCAAAGAAUUGAAACCAAUGCGGUUGAUGAUCGAACGCAGGACAUAGAUGAUGCCCCUCCUGGGUUUUCAAUCCCCAAGAAGGCCUCUAGGAUCUCAUGUGGUGCUUCUUCAAGUGCAGAUUGUAGUCUCCAAGAACCCAGUUGCAAGAAGCAUCCGCAUCCAGUGGUCACAGGGCAUCUGCAGCAGAGGUUUAUUUCACGAUUGCCAGUCUCCUAUGGAAUUCCACUUUCCGUAGUGCAGCAGUUUGGGUCACCUCAAAAAGAAAGAUGUGAUGCUUGGAGUGUUGCUCCAGGAGUACCUUUUCAUCCUUUUCCUCCUUUGCCUACAUAUCCCCAUGAUAGAAGAGAUCCUAUAUCUCCUGCAGAUAAUGCUGCUGGAAUUUUUAGCAAGCCACCUCAAAAUCCACAACAUGGCCUGUCUACUCAUAAUCCCCCACGCCUCUCUGGCGCAAGCCUCCGCAAGAUUCUGUAAAUACCCAAUUUGAUGUUGAAGGUGCUAGGGACUAUCAUAACUUGUGAAGGAAUUAUGUUUGACAGCAGAAGUGUAUUAAUUCAAAAAUGGCUGGAGGAGUGCACUGGAAACAACUCAAACGCUAGUAUGUGAAGUGUAGGUGUAGCAAGCAGCGAGAUUGAAUCAAUGAGUUUCCAUACCCGUAGAAUGGAGAAUUUGGGGCAUACUACUCCAACAGAAUCAUUCACAACACAGUUUUUAGUUUUAGCUAGCUUCCAUAGGUUAAAGCCCUCAGGGGCUUCCAAGUCCUUGGUACUGAUAAUUCUUUGCCACCAACAGAAUUGUAAAGCACUUAUUCUGCUUUUGGGGGUCUGAGUCCAUAAUUCUUUUUUCUCCGAUUGUUAAGGUUUAGAAAGAAAAAGAAUAGAUAUUCUUAUUUGACGCGUGCUACAUUGGCGAUAUCAUUAUUUAUGCCUCACAGGGGUAACCUUCAUAUUUUUUUUUUCAACUCUUCAAAAA